UUCCCUCUCUUUUCCUGCUGAUUGCUAGGCGUGUUAUAAAGUGCGACUAUACUCCUCUCUUUUCUUUUGAUUGACACAGCACUAUGAUUGUUAGAGUAGAAAAAUGGUUAUUAUCAAAAUAUUAGUUUAUUUUAUACCUCUCAAAAAUAUGAAGUUGAGCAAAUGGGUCAGUCUCCUUGACAGCAAUUGCCAGGAAGCACGGUCUUGUAGUCUUCGGGUUCUCUCUUCCAGCUAUUUUUUUUAAGAAUCUAAGUCGUUGACUGCUGGAUGGAGAUUGGCUUGCUACGCUACAUAGUCUUAAGUUACAGCGUUCACUUUAGGACAUGGCUGGUUGUGAUAAAGAUGUGAUACCAAUGCUAUAAAAUCACACUUACAUUUCUUUGGCGAAAAUGAGCAAUUAUCAGUCACAGAGAUCUUUAUCCCAGAAUCCAAGCGUGUCAAUUUCUAUUCCUAUGAAUUACACGGAGUUCUCUGAAACUGAAGUCAGGAAUGGAGGCUAUACUGACAGAUUGCAUAGUGAAAGUAGUUCACUUUACGUCAGCAGAAUACCUGAAAUUCUUUCUCAGCCAAAUCAUGGUGUGUCGCGCAGAAAAGCAUCCAGAGCAGAAACAUUUCUUUCUUUUGACGGAACGGAUCAAAAUUAUUGGAUUAAUGAUAAGUACAGUGGCGAAAAUGAACACUUACUAAGGUCUGGACUAUUGGGGAUGUGUAAUGAUCCUUACUGCACUACAUGUCCAACAUAUUACAACUUCAAAGCUAGACAUCAGAGAGCUUUUGCUAUAUUUGAUACCAAGUUCCAUAAUCCUUUGUUUGGGGAUGCAAGAGGAUGGGCUCGGAGAACUAUUUCUUUUUUGAGAUCAUCUAUUCCUGGAGUCAUGAAUCCACAUACUAAAAUUGUCCAAUGGUGGAACAAAUUUUUCCUUAUUAGUUGCUUGGUGGCAAUUUUUAUAGAUCCAUUGUUUUUCUUCAUGCUAUCUGUGCAACAGGGUGAUAAGUGCAUAGGUAUUAACUGGUCUAUGACAGCUGCAAUUUUGGUACUUAGGAGCAUCGCUGAUUUCUUAUAUUUAGUGAACAUACUUCUUCAGUUUAGGUUGGCUUAUGUAGCUCCUAAGCCUACAAUGAUUGGUGCUGUCGUAUUAAUUGAUGAUCCAAAGAAAAUUGCUUUGCACUAUCUCUGUGGAUAUUUUUUUGUUGACUUCUUUGUUGUAUUACCACUUCCUCAAAUUAUUAUAUUAUUGGUCCGACCAAGAGCCUUGGGAAUGGCAUCAUCUGGAGCAGAUUAUUCCAAAAAUCUCUUGUGUGCAGCAAUUGUCAUCCAAUACAUUCCCAGGUUGAUUAGGUUCUUCCCUUUUCUCGGCAAGUCUCGGAUGGGCUUCUUAUUUGAAACAGCAUGGGCAAACUUCUCUAUAAAUCUUCUCCCCUUUCUGUUGUCAGGCCAUGUUGUUGGGUCAGGCUGGUACCUCUCUGGGUUACAGAGGGUUAAUCAUUGUCUUCACAAUGCCUGCUACAAUGCUGAUGUCAAGGAGAACUGCAUGAGUUUCUUAGACUGCGGAAAGGGAAGCGCUAUUAGACAAUUUGAUUCUGACCAGACAUGGUAUGGCUGGAAAUAUAACGAGAAUGCUAGUGCUUGUUUUACAGAAGGUGGUUUUCGUUAUGGAAUCUUUACCAAAGCUGUCAACCUAACCACUGAACACAGCUUUAGCACUAGAUAUCUAUAUUCACUGUUUUGGGGCUUCCAGCAAAUCAGCACUCUUGCUGGAAACCAGACACCAGGCUAUAAUGUUUGGGAGGUUGUCUUUACAAUGGGUAUAAUUGGACUUAGCCUUCUGCUCUUUGCUAAAUUCAUAGGAAAUAUGCAGAACUUCUUCCAGGCUCUUUGUCAGAGGAGGUUAGAAAUGUCAAUUAGGCAACGGGAUCUUGAGCAGUGGAUGAACCAUCGACGCUUGCCACAAGAACUAAGAAGCGAAGUACUAGAAGCUGAACGAUAUAUUUGGGCUGCCACCAGAGGAGUGAAUGAAGAAAUGAUUUUAGAGAAUUUCUCUGACAGUUUGCAGCGGAAGAUAAGAAGACACCUUUUUAAAUCUGUUAAGAAAGUUUGGAUUUUUUCUCUGGUGGAGGAUGAUGUAUUUGAUUCUGUAUGUGAGAGACUGAGGCCAGAAAUACACAUCACAGGAAGUGAAAUUUUUUAUCAUGGUGGUCGGGUUGACAAGAUGGUUUUUAUCGUUCGUGGGAAAUUGGAAAGCACAGGAGAAGAUGGGAGCAAAGCCCCCUUAUAUGAUGGGGAUGUUUGUGGAGAGGAACUUCUUGCAUGGUGUCUUGAGUUCAGAGGUGGAAAAAGAACUCUGCGUAGCUUCAGGACAAUAAAAUGCUUGACGCAUGUAGAAGCAUUUUCACUUCGAGCUGCAGACCUUGAAGAAGUCACCCAGCGUUUUGCAAGAAACUUCCGAAAUCCACGUGUUCAAGGAGCCAUGAGGUACCAAUCACCCUAUUGGAGAGCUCGUGCAGCGUCAACCAUUCAAGUUGCAUGGAAAUAUAGACAAAAGCGUCUCAAGUAUUUCAAUAAAUCUCUUUCAAAUCGCUCUUUGAACUAUUGAAUUAUGCAACAGAGGGCCCUUGAUUCUGCUUCUGCUUGUGUUUACCUAAAUUUUCAUUCAAUUUACUCUCUUUUAAUAAAAUUAUCCAAGUAUUGAAUUGUCGCGUACAAUUAAUAUUUAGGAUCUCAAGAUGAAGCAAAUUAUUAAUAGAGGUCGUGAGUCAGCAGACUAUCUACUUGAUGAACAAGUAUCGCUUCCGCUUGCUUGUGACGAUGUUUGCCCUGCUUUUGAGGUGCAUGGUUGUUUAAGACAUCCUUAUCCAUCUUGAAGAAGUUAUUUCCGUAUGCUUUGUUUGGAUGUGUAUAAAAUAUGGGUGGAUGUAACAUAGGAGGUGAAAAUGUCUUGAGAUUUUCAAAAUUUUUUAUUUGGUUUGGAUGAAAAUAUUUAUUUUACA